UACCCCUCGAAUAUAAACGAGGGGCCUGACGCGAUCCUUUUAUUUCUUUGCGUAUCUAAGGGAUCAUCUGCAAUUGGUUACUCUGUUCAGUUGGUUCUCUGCUUUUAUAUCCGCUCUCCAACCCAUUUUGUCCUGUAGUGGACGUCGCACUUGGUUUCUCCUCCGUCUACGUUGCAAUAAGAGUGAUCUCGAAUCUUGGUCUUCUCAAGCGAGAUACGGAAUACCCUUGAAUCUACCUCCUUCCUACUUCAAUAUAAAGCCAUGGGUUUCGCUCCCGAUGGUACUGCCCAGUAUUAUCAGCAACAACAAGAGCAGUUAUACUAUCAGCAACAAGCGCAACAACAACAACAACAGCAACAGGCUAUAAAUGUUCCCCUUACCCAUCCGCAACAGAUUUAUAACAGUACUGUUGGCUCCCCUAGUUUUACUUCCUCGUUACAGGGCGGUGCGAUCCCGCAGUUAUCGUCGUCGCCGUUUACCCAGCAACAACAGCUUUAUCAGCAACAUCAAUACAUGCCACCACCCUCCCCUACCAAGUCUUUUAAUAACUUGUACCAGGUGAACUCAAAUACCAGCCAAGCAUCUUUGAAUCACGUUGGUAACUUCCAGGCCCCAAUGCAGACCAAUUUCUCAAACUUGUAUUCGCAAGGUUCAAACAGUUCUUCUUCCAACGUGAAUAUGGGUAACAGUCAGAUGUAUCAGCAGAGUGCAGAUCAACAUGCGUACCAACAGCAACUUUUGCAACAACAGCAGGACCAACAAGCACAGCUUCAGGCUCAGCAGAUUCAGUUGCAACAGCAACAGGCCCAGCAGUUAGCUCAGCAACAGGCUCAGCAACAAGCUCAGCAACAGGCUCAGCAACAAGCUCAGCAACAGGCUCAGCAACAGGCUCAGCAACAUGCCCAACAAGCAGCAUCCACCGACAGUGACUAUGUAUACUUUGAAAGAAAGCCUGAAUCUUUGAGCAAAGCCACUCAAGAGAAGGCCUCUGCCGUGAAGUUGAGAUUGGAAAAUUUCUACCAGAUGAGCGUCAGCCAUGCGAUCGAAAGAAACCAGCGUAGAAUCGACUUGGAGCACAAGUUGAUGAACGAAGAUGGUUCCGACGAAAAGAAAAACCGUCAAUUGCAAAGCUUGGGCCGCAAGGAAUCGCAGUUCUUGAGAUUGAGAAGAACCAAAUUGUCCUUAGAGGACUUCCAAACCGUUAAGGUUAUUGGUAAAGGUGCUUUUGGUGAGGUUAGAUUGGUCCAGAAGAGAGAUACCGGUAACAUCUACGCCAUGAAGACACUAUUGAAGUCUGAAAUGUACAAAAAGGAUCAGCUAGCCCACGUCAAAGCUGAAAGAGAUGUACUCGCAGGCUCGGACUCGCCGUGGGUGGUUUCGUUAUACUACUCGUUCCAGGAUGCCCAGUACUUGUAUCUUAUCAUGGAGUUUUUGCCCGGUGGAGACUUGAUGACCAUGUUGAUCAGAUGGGAAGUUUUCACUGAAGAUAUUACCAGAUUCUACAUGGCGGAGUGUGUAUUGGCGAUCGAAGCGAUCCACAAGUUGGGCUACAUCCACAGAGAUAUUAAGCCAGAUAACAUCUUGAUUGACAUCAGAGGGCACAUUAAGUUGUCCGAUUUUGGUUUGUCUACUGGCUUCCACAAGACGCACGAUUCCAACUACUACAAGAAGUUAUUAGACAACAAAGAUGCCCCUCCUUCGAACCCUCUGCAGCCACAGAACGGUGCUAACGGCUCCAGAAACUCCAUGAUGGUGGAUGCAAUUCACAUGACCCUCUCCAACAGACAACAAAUCCAAACUUGGAGAAAGUCUAGACGGCUAAUGGCAUACUCCACAGUAGGUACUCCGGACUACAUCGCCCCGGAAAUCUUUAUCCACCAAGGUUACGGCCAAGAGUGUGAUUGGUGGUCGUUGGGUGCUAUUAUGUUUGAAUGUUUGGUUGGCUGGCCGCCAUUUUGUUCUGCUACUCCACAUGAGACCUACAGAAAGAUUUUGAACUGGCAGGAGACCUUGCAGAUCCCUGAUGAUGUCGCGCUCUCCCCCGACUCGGAAGAUUUGAUUAGACGCUUAUUGACGUCUUCGGACAUGAGAUUGGGUAGACACGGCGGGGCAGACGAAAUCAAGGCCCACCCCUUCUUCAGAGGCGUCGACUGGGACACUAUCAGAAGAGUUGAUGCUCCGUUCAUUCCAAAAUUGAAGUCCAUUACUGACACUAGAUUCUUCCCCACUGAUGAGUUGGAGAACGUGCCAGAUGCCCCAGCGUUGGUGCAAGCCAACCAGCAAAGCGAACAGGGAGCAGCGGGUGCUAAUACCAAGGAGGACUUGCCGUUUAUUGGUUACACAUAUUCUCGCUUCGAUUAUUUGACCCGAAAGAAUGCUUUGUGAUGAGCUACUGCUGCCCCUUCUCCCUUUUUAUCUGCCACAGUAUUCUUUUCAUUUCCUUUUAUAAAAAUACAAUUUAUGUAAAGCGCUCAGCCUAAAGUAACCAAGCUUUGACUUCGGCACCUUAUACAGAAUUCAACGAAUCUGAAUUCAACGAGAACCUGCUCGUUUCAGGUUUACUAAAAUCAUAAUAAUUGUCACACACAGCUUCGCCAAACUUCACCGUCUCACCGAUCAGUUCAUCGAAGUAAGACUGAACCUCAAAGUAAAUUUCGUUCAAAAUGAGAACCUUCAACUUGGGAAGUUUGUCGACAAAGUACUCCACGUCGUGCCUCAACUCAUGGACGAGCAUAGUGAUAAUGAGCCUUAGAUCGUUCUUUUUGCAGUAGCAUUUCGGGUGCUUGUAAGGGAACAUUUGCUCUACCUCGUGGUGCCUGAAGAUGUUGUG